UAAUGUUACUGCUCCUAACCAGAGUAACGUUAUUAAUAGCUCAGAGGUUCAUGUAACACGACAUUGGGUUAUGCGAUGUUUGUCACAUAAGUACAUUUGAGUAUCCACGUAUAAAUGACUCGUUAAUCUAACGCGUUCUCGGCAUUAGAGAGUCAGCAUGCUAAGGGUAUCCGAGCUAGCUCGUGUUAGCAUAGCACAAUCUGCCGCAUUCAACACAGGAGACGUUUGUUUGACUACGUUCUCAAUUCUGCUGUAAACGGACGAGACGAAAUAACAACUCACUACAACAUUAACUUCUUCAUCUUAAACUAGUUAUUAAAUAACGUUGUUGUCGUGGACAAAGAGCCCGCGGUACAUCCGUGUGGAAGUUUGCUAACACCUGCUAGCUACAGUUAGCUAGCGAGAUAACUGUCUGGUCUGGAAGGUCGUAUUCGUGUUGUGAGUUACAACGCGAUGUAAGAUGACACACUGCGUUAGAAAUGACGCUAAUAUGUGUAAUACAAGACUGUGAAGGUGGCGCGGUCAUAAGAGAUGCCGGCGGGCUUUAGCUAACCUUAUGCGAUGUCCUUUGGCGUUAUGCAACGUUUAAAGUGGAGACGUUCAUGCUGGCGAUGCUAGCUAAGCUCCUCAUAAUGACAUUAAGGCCUGUGAUGUUAAAGCCGCGUUUAAAAAGCACCGGCUUGUUAAAAUGACGCCAUUUCACCCUUGAAAUGUUAUAAUGAGCUUUUAAGUUAGCUAACGCUAGCUCAACUCAGUUUGGCUAAAUGAGAAAUGAGUCAACUGUAUAAUAAUACGACGAUGAUGAUGUUGACUGCUUUGUUUAACUGCAGGCAGUAUUAAAACGUCCAGUAUGUGGAACCUUGGAGAGAUGUGUGUUUAUCUCUCGAGGUAACAGUUACUCAAAACCAGCCGAACUCGUAGAGCAGCCUGUGGUCGAAAUACUAACGAGAGCAAUACGUAAUGCACACGAUGUAAUACUACAAACACACUGGUCCUUUUCAGAGGGCCCACUCUCUUGCAUUCGCAGCCUGGAUUUCUUAACUUUGUGGCUACAGGUCAUGGCCACGACAAUUCAACACCGCAUUGUGUCAUCAUAGUUGCAUGUUUGUCAAAUUAGGUUAUGGAACAUGGAAAAUCCUGUAACACUGACUAUGAUUCCAUGUCUGUAAUUCAAUAACAAAGCACUCGGAUAUGGGCGGACAGGUGUUAAAUAAUCAUUGAUGUAAUUGUGUCAGGUGUUGCUUUUGCUGAGAUGUUUGACUCUGUCCUCACAUCACAACUGGCACAGAGGCAUAGUCUGAUCCCUUCCAAACUUCUAAGCUUGUCACCGAUAUGUUUACAGACACAGUUGAUAAAGGAUGUACCAAUUUGAACUGUAGAUCACUAAAUGAAUGCAUUUGUUUUGCUGGAAUAGGAAAACUGGCAUAAAUAAAACAGGCAAAUGACUCCGUCCAAGUGCAAUUAAAGUGUCUGAGCCAUAUAACCCUCUGCACCAGAUGUGUUGGGUUAACUCUGAGUAUUUCCAUUGCACAGCCAGAGACCGGUCUUUGACCAUACUUGUUCAUUGCACUCGGCCAUAGCUCCUCGGCUUUGUUAUGAUGGAAGAACACUCUGCUCAGUCAAAGCCAAUAUGAGUAUCCUUGCAAAUAGAAAACCCACUCUACUUAGGUUACGUUCAUCUAUUUGCUUGUACAAUGUAAAACACUCGAAAGUCCAUAAUCCUUACUUUUUUGUAUUAUUAUCAAUUUGCAGAUGUAGUGGUACGGUGGGAGCCAUCGUGACCUGCCCCCUGGAGGUGUUGAAAACACGGUUGCAGUCUUCUGGUCUCGCCCUUCGACCCGUCUUCCAGGUCCAUCUGGGCACCCUCAGCGGCACUGGAGUUAUUCGACCGGGUACAGUUACUCCAGGGCUUCUUCAGGUUCUACGGUCUAUACUAGAAAAAGAGGGACCAAGAUCACUUUUCCGUGGUCUGGGGCCGAAUCUUGUUGGUGUGGCCCCGUCAAGAGCCAUUUACUUUGCUGCAUACUCGAAAGCUAAAGAGACAUUCAAUGGGCUGUUUGUCCCUAAUAGUGGAGUGGUGCACAUGUCCUCUGCUGGUGUUGCAGCUUUCGUUACUAACUCUAUAAUGAACCCCAUCUGGAUGGUCAAGACCAGAAUGCAGCUGGAGAAAAAAGCCAGAGGAGAGAAGAAGAUGAAUGCACUGCAGUGCGCCCGAUAUGUUUACAAAAUGGAAGGAAUUCGGGGCUUCUACCGAGGCUUGACUGCAUCUUAUGCUGGCAUCUCGGAGACCAUGAUCUGCUUCCUCAUCUACGAGACACUGAAGAAACGCCUCGCCGAGCGCCAAUUCGCCUCCUCAAAUGGUGAAAAGGAGAAAGGGGCAUCCGACUUCCUGGGCCUGAUGAUGGCUGCUGCUUUUUCAAAGGGUUGUGCGUCCUGCAUAGCCUAUCCACACGAGGUAAUUCGGACAAGGCUGCGUGAGGAAGGCAGCAAGUACAAGUAUUUCUUCCAGACGGGGAGGUUAAUAGCUGUGGAGGAAGGCUAUGCAGCUUUUUAUAGAGGACUCGUUCCACAGCUAAUUAGACAAAUCCCCAACACAGCCAUUGUCCUCUCCACGUAUGAACUCAUUGUCCAUCUUCUUGGAGAAUCAAAGUGAAGAAAAAAUGCUGGAUAGUUGGGAUCCUGACAAACAAUGGAUGCCACACAAAACCCCAAAACCUGCUGGGCAAACGACUUUUGAAAAUGCAGUACAUACAUUUUAUUUAAUGUGGCGCUACAGAGACUUUUAUGGUGGAGCUGAAGCAGGUUGUACCGUUAUCCAAAGAGCUAAACACAUUGUUUUAUUGAAAGCUUGUUGUUAGGAGUUUAUCAAAACAACUGAAGAAGUCAUGGUACUUCAAUUGAAACUCCAAUCCUGUGAAAAAAAGGUCAUCUUCUUAGAGAACUAGUGUUAAGUUAACUAAAUUAUUGUAUUUCUUUUAUGGCAUUGUUUGUUCCCAUUUUAUCGGUGGUAAAUGUACCAGCAGACAUUGCACAGGUUGACUCUUUUGGCAAUUCAGAUGAAGUGCUACUGUUAGUGCUGCUCCUUGAAAUGUAAUGACCACCAAUCAUUUUGAGUUUUUCUGUUUCACAAAUUCACUGGUUUUGAAGUUUGAUUUACAGAGAAAUGUAUCAUAUUUUUCAUUAAUAUAUAUAUAUAUAUAUAUAUAUACAUACAUGCAGGCUUAUCUGUAUGUUUUCUUUGUGGAAAAAAGAUAGUCACCUUUUACAAUAUAAUGAGAACUUGGAUGCCUGUUUGACCAAUGGCUCAGUAAAAUGCAUCAAAAAACAAUAUCGUUUAUUCACCCAAAUACUGAAGAAAUGAUUUCAUUAUUACAAAAAUGUACAAUUACUGUGAUGAAAGCACAAGGGACUAGUUGGCUGGUUCUGUUCUGAAGUCCAAAUAUUCAGUUUGAUUUGAGAAUUUCUAGUCGGUGAUGACGCCGAGAUUUUGCUGGAAACUAUUUUUGGAGGAAAAAGGUGUCUUCAGAGCUUUCUUAAAGGAGUUCAUCCCACUUUUAGGAUUAUUCUAAAUGUCUCCAACCUAAAACGUGCCGUACAGACUCUGCUCUCUAUUUGAAACAUGCUUUAUGCUUCGACUGAACAUCAAGAUGUGUUUUCUGUUCACUUUCGUCCAGUUAAUUUAGGUUGCUGACAUUGUUACCUUUAUUUAGUAAUGGCUGCCUCACGUACAGUCUUCCACAUAUGUCUAUAAAAAAAAAGAAUC